UGUGGCUGGAUGUGGAUGUUGGGCGCUACCUCCAAGCAGUGCCAUCAUGAUACCGACAAAAGGCCUUUAGCAUCGCAAAAAGAAACAAGCAAAAGUGUUCACCGGCGACUCGGGAUUAUUGGAUAUGAGACAGUAUUUAUAUUUUGCGUUAUAGGUUUCUGGUGUUGAAAAUAAAGAAGGGCCUCCUCGUGCGUCAGAAAAUAGCCGGGAAGGAUGCCGUCUAACUGCGUAAACAUAAUGGCUUUGGCUCAGCAUCGACUUAUUGCGUGUAUGCUGCUGUUCUGUAUGGUGACUAGCAUUCACACACGGUCCUCUAAAAUAUCGGACUUGAAAUCUAAAAUAUCAGGGGUGGAAGAGCUUUUAGGAGAAUUCCGCAAGCAGCUCCAACAGGACCAGACGUAUAGCAGGGAGGACGAGGAGGUGGUUGACGUCUGCCUGGGUGACUUCAACGCCGUAGAGGAACACAUCAUCCGAGCGAGGGCCUCCAUAGAGCAGGGGGCCACCUUUCUCUCGGCUCCUGACCAGGUGUACAGUUGGAAAGACUGUCUCCAUGCCUGCUGCGCAGACCCCCACUGCACGGUGGCGGUGGUCCAAGAGGACAUGAGACAGUCGGACGACGGCCUCAGCUGCUAUUUGCUCAACUGCAGUUAUAGAAAUAAAAACGUCUGUUCGUUCGCAGCACAGACAGGGUUCAGCACCUACAGCCGGGCUCACAAUACAACAGGGCACGUCACCUCUUCCAGUGGCAAUGUAGAUGGGAACAAAAUCAGGAGACCUGAGGAUAAACCUAGUUAUAAAGAUGGAACGCCAGACAUGGACGAGCCGCCCCGGAGUGAUGCCGGCCAGGAUGUGGUCAUCCAGCUACCCACUGACUGGGCCGUAGUGGACGGCCGGGACAGUGUGGACGACCACGGAGUCACUCGUUACGAAUGGGCCCUGGUGAAGGGCGACCAAGACAUCAACAUGAAGGUGACCCAUCCAGGGUUACUGAAGAUCAGUGGUCUACAGGAGGGUGUCUAUACCUUCCAGAUGACUGUCACCGACAUCGCGGGACAGAAGAGCACCGACAAUGUCACUGUGACUGUGCUGGCUCCAGAACGCCAAGCUGAAGUGUGUACAGGUAGCUGCUCCCGCUACCAGUUCAUGUGUGACGACGGCUGCUGUAUUGACAUCACCUACGCCUGCGAUGGGAAGCAGCAGUGUCCAGACCGCUCAGACGAGGAUUUCUGCCAGAGCUUUGAUGGGAACAGGAAGUCGGUGACCCACCCUGCAGGUGCCAGCCCACACAGGCCUGUCGCCCAGCCAGAGGAGACUGAGGACCACUCCAUGGCCCAGGGUGGGCCCAAGAAGACCAUGGAGGAGGCAAGACCACCUCCACCACAAGCUCCACAAGACCCACAGACCCCACAGUCUCGUGAGAGGAGCAAAGCUGUGCCGCCAGUCCUGCCACAGCCAAGUCACAGUGAUCAGGAGAGCCCUGUCAGUCAAGAGCCCUGUGCAGCUCCCCCUGAUGUGGGUCCAUGUAAAGGCAUCUUCCCACGCUGGUUCUAUGACCCUGUAGCUGAAGAGUGCAAGCACUUCAUCUACGGAGGCUGCAAGGGCAACCAUAACAACUUCCUGCAGCAGACAGACUGUGUCAAUGAAUGUAUAGAAAAAAAAGGUACUGCUAUCAAGCAAAUGACCGUGGCACCUCCCCCCACCACCAAACACACAGAGUCAGUAGAGACCCCUAAAGUGACCAUGAAGUGGCCAGAGACCAAACUACUAGCAGAGAGUGACAUGUUCCCAAUAUCCAAACCACACUCAGUAGUGGGAGGACACCCAGGGCCUGAGUCAGGUGCGAUCCUGCCGUUGGUUCUGGGACUGAUCAUCACGGCUCUGUUGCUGCUCAUGAUUGGCUGUCGUCUGCGGUUGGUCCACCACAAGCUGAAGAAGGCUCGCCCCCUCACCACAGAGGAGUCUGAUUAUCUCAUCAACGGCAUGUACCUGUAGCAGCAUAGCAGGCACAUGCACAGAUAAGGCUCUACCUGUGCAGAGCACAUGCCCCUUUGCCCUUCCAGUCUCUAAAGUGCCCUUUUGUAAACAAAACAAACAUUUAUCUUUAGUUGUUGAUAUACAUGGUUUUUGAUGCAGUUGUUCUGAACCCACUGCCCGCAAGUUGUUUUCAAAUUCGCAUUAAAUAUGUGUCAUUGAAUUAGCCAUUAA